AUGAACGCAUUAGAAAGCCAGUUGCGACAGCCUUUACGUCUUAUUGAAUACGUUCCAUUGGAGGAGAACUGGAGAAAUGAUCCGGAAAUCUAUGGUCCUAACACUCGUUUUGACUGCACAAUCUGCAAUAAUAUCUGGAGCACAAUCCUCGCAACUGAAGAAUCCACGUUUGCGAUGCUAGGAUCUUUCAAUGAUGAUAUAGCCUCGCAACGAUCCAGAUAUAUGCCCUAUCCCUAUAUAUCUAAGCUUCCCUAUAGUGCACACAUCAGUGAUACUGAGGAGAGUGGGAGUAUUUUACUCGCUAGGACUGAUGAUCAGAAUAGCAUUGGAGUUGGAAUUAUCUUAGAUCCGGACUGGAUCGAUAUGGAGAUCCCAAAGGCUUGGAUGUAUCAAUGUUUGUCUGAACAUGGUAGCAGUUGCGUGAAUCCGCUAAAUGUUAGGCAGGCGUGGCCCGCGUGGCUUAUUGACGUUGAUAACAAUUGCCUGGUGCCCGCCCAAGAAUCCUAUGAAUACGUUGCUCUUAGUUAUUGCUGGGGUGGAGGCCCGAAUUUCUGUGCGACUGUCCAUGACAAGGACGAGCUCCAGAAACGAAAUUCACUGAUUUCCCCAAAGCUCGCUAAACAAUUGUCGCCAACAAUUCGACAUGCCAUCUCCAUGACUAGAGCUAUUGGGUUGCGCUACCUGUGGGCGGAUGCACUAUGUAUCAUCCACGGUGACGAUACAGAAACGACAGAGCAGCUAUUGCUUAUGGGCUCUAUAUACGCGACUGCCAUCGUUACUAUUAUUGCUGCUAAUGAUGGUGUACAGCACGGUCUUCCUGGCCUAAAAGGGAUUUCGUCCUCUCGCCAUUUGGAACAGAGGGUAGUCCCUUUUGGGAAAGAGAAAUGCAUUGCAGGAAAAUCAAUAGCGAGCCUUCAGAGCGCAACACCGUACUAUAGUCGUGGCUGGACAUAUCAAGAACAGCUGAUGUCAGCUAGAAAGAUUAUCUUCCAAAACAAAACGCUGCACUGGGACUGUAUCUGCAGUACAUGGCACGAAGAACUGGCCAUCCGUACAGAAGCAACAAAAGUCUACGCAUUUUUCAAGGAGCUGCGGGAGCUAAUAGCCGGUUUCCCCGACUUAUCGUCGCUGAACAAUCUGUUAUCGCAAUAUAAUAGAAGAAAUUUCACCUACGUUGAUGAUGCUUGGCCCGGUAUAGCGGGCCUCCUUUCCUCUUUGGGCACAACAUUCAUUGGUGGCUUUCUAUAUGGGCUUCCGGAGAUGUUAUUCGAUAGAGCCUUGGGGUGGAGGCCGCAUGGAAAUAUCAAACGGCGGAAUCCAUUGACUCGCCCUGUUGAGCAGAAAUUGCCUGAUUCAAACAUACCAUCCUGGUCGUGGAUAGGGUGGCAUGGUACAUUUGACAUAGGCCUAAAUGAGUUCUCAAAAGUGAAAGGUAUUGGCCACGUUGAAGAAACAAUUCCCUGUGUCCAAUGGUUCACCUUGGAGACUCCAGACUCUCCACCAAGGAGGAUUAAAUCAGUUUGGUUUAGAAAUCGUGAUUCAUUCUUUGAGCGAAGCUCCCAGCAACUGCCACGGGGCUGGAGACAAUACGAGGUUGCGGACCCCCGAGAUAUAAGCCCAAGACUACUAUACUCAGACAGAGGCAGUAAGUACCUCUAUCGCCAUCGCAAAUUGGGUAGUAGCUCGUGGUUCUUUCCGUUUCCAGUGCCCGACCUCUUGGUGCCUCGUGUACCGGCCUCGCCCAAGCAGACGCCAUUCCUGUUCAGCAGAACAAAACGGGCGCAUGUCUAUGGUAUGUAUGUCACAAGAACUGCUCCCUUGCCUCAUGAUAGAAACACAUUGUACCUUUUCAAUACGUCAAAAAACAAAAUAGGAGAGCUUUGGUUGCAUAAUGAGGGUGAUCGAAACUCUUUCCCAACGGAUAAGACAGGCGAUCCUCCAAGGAUGAUUGAGCUCGUUGCCAUCUCCCGAUCACGAGCAUAUAAUCGUGUUUGGUAUAAAGAGCAGAGCAGAUGGAGAGAUGCCACUAUGUCAGAAAGAUAUAAUGUGCUCUGGGUGGAGUGGAAGGGGAAGGUAGCCUACCGGCUAGCAAGUGGAUAUGUUGAGCAGGCCGCAUGGGAAACCUUGGACUUACAGGAUGUCCAUCUGAUUCUCGGUUAA